CAUGGCGCCGGUCGGCGCGUCACGUGAUUGCGGAGGCCGGCGUCACUUCCGGCGCGGAUCCGUCCAUGGCCUGGAUCCGGGAGGGAAUCCUUCAUGUGUGGAUCGUCCUUCAUGAAACAUGGAUGACAAGGCUUCUGUGGGGAAGAUCAGCGUGUCCUCCGACUCCGUGUCCACCCUGAACAGCGAAGACUUUGUGCUGGUCUACCAACAAGGGGAUGAAAUGCAUUCCGCAAACAAUGGCAGCGACGACGAGAAGCCUGGGCUCAAGAUUGUGGGGAACGGAAGCGAGCAGCAGCUCCAGAAGGAGCUGGAAGACGUUCUGAUGGACACGCCAACGGAAGAUCACGAGAGCCAAGCGGAGGAGGGGGACCCGGUACAUCCAGAGGAGGAAUUGGACGAAUCCUCUAAUGAAACCUCCACCGCGUCUUCCUCUAUUAACCCCUCCUCCGUGGGACUACAGAAACAGGAGAUGAGUCUGCCGGUGAAAUCGGGACAGCAAGCAGAGGGCGCGGAUGCCUCGGAUUUAUUCUCACCCGUUCCUGAUGAAGACAGCGUUGUGUUCAGUCAACUCACUUACCUCGGAUGUGCCUCUGUGAACGCGCCACGCAGCGAAGUGGAAGCUCUUCGAAUGAUCUCUAUUCUUGGGGGACAGUGCCAGAACGCGUUGGAUGUGACGCUUUCCGUACCUAAUGUGUCUGAGGGAACUGUCAGACUUCUGGACCCGCAGACAAACACCGAGAUCGCUAAAUACCCGAUCUACAAGAUUCUGUUCUGUGUAAGGGGACACGAUGGGACCCCGGAGAGCGACUGCUUCGCGUUCACCGAGAGUCACUACAACGCCGAGCUCUUCAGGAUACACGUCUUCCGCUGCGAGAUCCAGGAAGCGGUGAGUCGGAUAUUGUACAGUUUCGCAACGGCUUUUCGGCGCUCUUUGAAGCAGAUGCCUCUCGCUACCUCCAUCCCCCCCCAAACCCCCGAUAGUGACAUCUUCACCUUCUCCGUGUCCCUGGAAAUCAAGGAGGAUGAUGGGAAGGGGUAUUUCAGUGCUGUUUCUAAAGACAAGGACAAGCAGUGCUUCAGGCUGCGUCAGGGCGUGGACAAGAAGAUUGUUAUUUACGUCCAGCAAACUUCCAACAAAGAGCUCACCAUUGAGAGGUGUUUUGGGCUUCUUCUCAGUCCAGGCCGAGACGUGCGCAACAGUGACAUGCAUCUCUUAGAACUGGAAUCCAUGGGGAAAAGCUCCGAUGGGAAGUCUUAUAUAAUCACAGGGAGUUGGAACACCAAAUCCCCACAUUUCCAGGCGGUCAAUGAAGAAACUCCAAAAGAUAAAGUUCUUUUCAUGACCACUGCAGUGGAUCUGGUUAUCACGGAAGUCCAGGAGCCGGUGCGAUUCCUAAUAGAGACCAAAGUGCGAGUCUGCGCUGCCAGCGAACGCCUGUACUGGCCCUUCAGCAAAAGGAGUUCUACAGAAAACUUCUUCCUCAAACUUAAACAGAUCGAGAAAAAAGAGAGGAAGAGCAGCUGUGACACGUUCUAUGAGGUCAUGUGCUUGGAAAGCGAAUCGGAGAAAGAGAGGAGGAAAACCACUGCUAGUCCUUCCAUCCGUCUCUCCCAGUGCGGGUCCAACAUACCGUCCCCUCCCGAGGAUGAUGAGGAGGAAGAUAACGAUGAGCCUCUUUUGAGCGGUUCUGGGGAUGUGUCCAAAGAAUGUGCAGAGAAAAUCCUAGAAACAUGGGGAGACCUGUUAUCCAAAUGGCACUUGAACCUGAGUGUGCGUCCUAAGCAGCUCUCUGCGCUGGUGAGAAGCGGAGUUCCAGAGGCACUUCGAGGGGAAGUGUGGCAACUGCUUGCUGGAUGUCACAACAAUGAUUACUUGGUGGAGAAAUACAGACUUCUCAUCACUAAGGAGUCUCCUCAGGACAGCGCCAUCACUCGUGACAUCAACAGAACCUUUCCGGCGCACGACUACUUCAAAGACACCGGCGGAGACGGACAGGACUCUCUCUACAAGAUCUGCAAGGCCUAUUCUGUCUAUGAUGAAGAGAUCGGCUAUUGCCAAGGACAGUCCUUCCUGGCCGCUGUUCUGCUGCUACAUAUGCCUGAAGAACAAGCCUUCAGCGUCCUGGUCAAGAUCAUGUUCGAUUAUGGACUCAGGGAACUUUUCAAACAGAACUUUGAAGAUCUGCACUGCAAGUUUUACCAGCUGGAGCGCCUCAUGCAGGAAUAUAUCGCUGACUUAUACACUCACUUCCUGGAGAUCAGCCUGGAAGCCCACAUGUAUGCGUCUCAAUGGUUUCUAACGUUAUUUACUGCCAAAUUCCCCCUCUAUAUGGUCUUCCACAUCAUUGACCUUCUCCUGUGUGAGGGAAUAAGUGUCAUCUUUAAUGUCGCCUUGGGCUUGCUAAAAACCUCCAAGGAGGACUUGCUGCUCACAGACUUUGAAGGUGCUCUGAAGUUCUUCCGCGUCCAGCUCCCGAAGCGCUAUCGUUCCGAAGACAAUGCUAAAAGGCUGAUGGAGCUGGCCUGCAGCCUGAAGAUAAGUCAGAAAAAACUCAAAAAGUACGAGAGGGAAUAUCACAUGAUGAGAGAGCAACAGGCGCAGCAGGAGGACCCUGUGGAAAGAUUUGAGCGUGAAAACAGGCGACUUCAGGAAGCAAACAUGAGACUGGAGCAAGAAAACGACGACUUGGCUCAUGAGUUGGUUACCAGCAAGAUUGCCCUACGCAAGGACCUGGAUAAUGCAGAAGAGAAGUCGGACGCCCUCAAUAAGGAGUUACUGAUGACUAAACAAAAGCUGAUUGAUGCAGAAGAGGAGAAACGACGUCUAGAAGAAGAAGCUGCACAGCUAAAGGAAAUGUGCCGCAGAGAACUUGAUAAGGCGGAGUCUGAGAUAAAGAAGAACAGUUCCAUCAUUGGAGAUUACAAACAGAUAUGCUCCCAGCUGAGCGAGCGGCUAGAAAAGCAGCAGACGUCGAACAAAGCCGAAAUUGAGAAAAUCCGGCAAAAGGUUGAAGGGUGCGAACGCUGCAGAGAAUUCUUCAACACGGAGGGGAAGGUAAAGUUGGUGAGUGCUACAAAGGACAACUCCACCGAGGAGGACACAGAUGAAGAGAAGGAGAGCCUGAAGAACCAACUACGGGAAAUGGAACUUGAAUUGGCUCAAACCAAACUUCAGCUGGUGGAAGCCGAGUGUAAAAUACAGGAUCUGGAGCACCAUCUUGGCCUGGCCAUAAAUGAAGUUCAAGCAGCAAAGAAGACCUGGUUCAACAGGACCAUCAGCUCCAUUAAAACAGCCACUGGAGUACAAGGGAAAGAGACCUCUUAACAGCCUGACUCUUGUAAAAAAAAAAAAAAUUGUCUUUAUGAAAACAUGAUACCUUCUGUUGCCUUCCUUGGCCAGAUAUUUUGGUUUGCUCUACAUGUAAGAGGACCAGGAGGAGUGCAGCAUGACAGGAUGGUAGUUGGUCAAUGCUUGUCAGUCACUUGUACGAUUUAAGCACCUCUGGCCCUUGCCAACAUUCUUCCACAGUCCUUGUAAAAUAAAAAAACUGACACUAAGUGAAAUUAGGUAGGUGGAGACCCGUACCCUCGCCGAGCGAUCGUUUUCUCUUCGACCCGCCACGAUUUGCUCGAUACCAUAGAGUUUCCAUUUUUACCCUUUAUUAAUGAUCAUUGUCAGGAAACAUUUUUUUUUUUUUUUACGCCAAGGAUUUGUAUUGAGAUUCUGCUUACAUGGUGACAGCUCUGCGUGGUCGGCAGCGGCUUGGUUACAUUACUGUAUUUCGAAUUCGAUGGCUAGCUCCUUAAGUACGUUCCCCUCUUAGCAUUACAGUUGAUUUGUUUUCAGGACGCUGCCAUACAUGUGUUUAUAAUGAGGUCAUAACCUGAGGAUCCUUCAAUGCAUUAACGAGCUUUGUGCCACCAACUUCUUUGGCAUGGAGGAUGGUUCAAGGCCAAGCUAUAAAAGGCCUUUCUUUUCGGGAAGGCUGGAUCCUUCUACUACUGAGAUAAACAGAUUGCCUCCUUAUAAUACGAGGCCCAUGGGGGGGGGGGGGCGUUAUUUCUAUAGUAGAACGUUUAUAAACGUGAAGGUAGGUCCUGGUUCCAAUGCAGUACGGAAGUCUCUGACUUUGGAAAGAGUAAUCACCCGAAUAAAGGGGCCUUUCUCGUGUUUGGAGCCUCUAUACUCCAGAGAUCCGAUAAUGCAGUCUUGGUUUUUUUUUUCAGUUCUAUAUUAAGCAGAUGGGGGGAUUUGCAGCCACCAAGUACUUUACUAAGCUGUGUGGAGUCUUAUCACAGCGCACUUUGUGGAGUUAAUCCGCAGAUACUAUAACAGUCAUUGAGAAUCAUUCGAAAGUUCGGAUAUCGCCUGCGCUUCUCUUAUUUGCAGGCACUGAAAGGAGCUUUGUGCACUUCUCUCUGAUUACCGUUGGGUUUUUUUCUCGAGCACUCGUCGCUUGUCUUUCUGACAUUAUAUGUCCAUUUAAGUCUCGCGUGUCACACCUACUGUUGUAGCUUUUUUUUUUUCUAUAAACUCGGUUAAGCCUUCUUGGGGGCUCUUUUUGGUAAUAUAUAGUGCCAAGAGCGAAGGAGCAUGGUAACUCAAAGAAUCGAGAGAUCACAUGCCUGUGUGUGUGUGUUGGGGGGGGUUCUCAUUUAUCCAGAUCAUGGUAUAGCUUGUAGAAGUUAUUCACAUUCAACGGGACAAUGUUGAAGGCAUCCUAUCGCUCAUCCAAGUAGCUUGCUUAGUUCUGAUGAGUGACGGGCACAUACCCCAGCAUUUAUGUCCACGUGAUUAGCUUGGUGACCUUAAGCCAACCUGUGGGCCUUGUGUCAAACACAAGGCCCACAGGCCGAUUUCAUGUGUCCCUCGCACCUCUAUUGUAGCUGCAGCACCCCUUUGUCUCCGCCUUUCCUGGUCUCAGCUGACUCCAGCCCUCCUCUGGUCCCCCUCCACACCAUGCUCUUCUUGCUUUCCAGCUCCACCCCCCAGGCUGACUCUGGUCCUCCUCAACACCCUGCACUUUCUGCUUCCAAGCUCCACCCCCAGCUGACUCCAGCCCUCCUCUGGUACCCCUUCACACCAUGCUCUUCUUGCUUUCCAGCUCCACCCCCCCAGGCUGACUCUGGUCCUCCACACCCUGCACUUUCUUCUUCCAAGCUCCACCCCCAGCUGACUCUAGCCCUCCUCUGGUCCCCCUCCACACCAUGUCCUUCUUGCUUCCCAGCUCCACCCCCCAGCUGAUUCUGGUGGUCCUCCACACCCUGCACUUUCUGCUUCCAAGCUCCACCCCCAGCUGACUCCAGCCCUCCUCUGGUCCCCCUCAAUACCAUGCACUUUCUGCUUUCCUGCGCCAACCCCAGCUGACUCCAGCCCUCCUCUGGUCCCCCUCCACACCAUGCCCUUCUUGCUUCCCAGCUCCACCCCCAGCUGACUCCAUCACUCCUCUGGUCCCCCUCCACACCAUGCCCUUCUUGCUUCCCAGCUCCACCCCCAGCUGACUCCAGCACUCCUCUGGUCCCCCUCCAGACCCUGCACUUUCUGCUCCCCAGCUUCUUCCCAGAAGUAGUACAAGGUAAGGGGGCUGCACUGUGAUGUAAGGGAGGGUGGGUGACUCUUGAAUUCGGAUAGUGGGUUGGGGCUCUUGACAUCUGAUGCUCUAGACAUCUAGUCUAACAGAUACAACCAGCCGAUUGAGGGCAACCAUAAUGCUGAUGCAGCCCGCGAUUAAAUUAAGUUUGACAGCCCUGCUCUAAGGGUUUCUUCAGCUGUGGCUCUGUAAACUCCCAUCUGAUGGUGCCUGCAUAGUUCCAGGUCCAACACCACACGGGAAUGGACUUUCUGUUGACAGGGUCUCUUUAAAAUGUAGUGAAUACAGUUGUGUACAAGCUUCCACCUUCUCACAUCCCAGCUCCGCCCCGGUGCUCAGACUUGCAGGCUUCUGAAGCCUCAGGUAACACAAAUCACAAGAGGAGAAGUCGGCACUCAGAAUGGCAUCCAACAAUGGUUAUCCUUUUUUUGCAAAAACAUGUAUAACACCUGCAAAACAGCCAACGUAUUUCGGCCGUUAGGCCUUAGUCAUGGCCACGACUAAGGCCUGAUGGCUGAAACACGUUGGCUGUUUGGAUACAUUUAAAGUGUAGAGCUACAACCGCUAUGUUCUGACUUACAGACUCGUCCUCUUAUGUUGGGCCUUACAUUUGUUUGGAGUACGUUCCUGGCACUCAUUAGAACUGAGGAAGCUACUUAGACAAGCAGCAAAACGUCGUCAGCAUUACUGAACAAGUCCCGUUGGAUGUAACCAACUUUUACAAGCUAAACCAAGAAAUCAGUUUUCAUUCGUCCGUUCUAAGCCAAGUUACGUUUUUUUUUUUUAUUAGUCCGAAUUCGGCUUUCGGAAAGCUGAAAAAGAAGGAUGAUCUGGUGAAAGCCCCACCCUUGGGCACUACGGAUUUGCUUUAUAUUAUUGUCCUUCACGCUGCUGGUGGGUAACGCCCAUUUUUUGGCCUUCGAAAGGGCCAGCCGUGCAUUGAGUAGCAGUUCACUGGAUUUUGCAAAUGGAGCAGUGGAUUUCCUGAGCCGACUUCCAACAAGAAGUACGAGGUGAUCAGCUGCAGUGAAGUGCCGGAAUCCAGAAGACGAGGGUUCAUUUUACCAUUUUUUAUAUUUUUUUUUGCAGUUUUUGGGAAUAAUAGUUUAAAGCUGAACUCCAGGAAGAUAAAAACAAAUCAAAAAACAAAUGAAUGCAUCCAUACCCCUUUGCAAUUGUGGCUUCCCCUGCACUGCAUUUAGUCUAGUGGCUGUAAAAAGCACUUGCCUAAUGCUGAUUGGAGGAAAGAGCACAGGGGUGAGCUCAUCACUGCACUGCUUCUUCUUUCACUGUCCAGUCAUAGGCUGGGGGCAGGUCUAGGACAACCCUGGCUCAGAGGAAGCGGGUAAAUGAUGCGAGCAAUUAGACUGAGAACAUCUAGUGGCAGAGGGGGAAAUCUCUAAAUUGUAAAUUAAUUUUGCAAGAGCAGGGAGAUGAGCUCUGCUCUGCACUGCUUCUCCUUUCACUGUCCAGUCAUAGGCUGGGGGAGGGUCUAGGACAACCCUGGCUCAGAGGAAGUGGGUAAAUGAUGCGAGCAAUUAGACUGAGGACAUCUAGCGGCAGAGGGGGAAAUCUAAAUUGUAAAUGAAUUUUGCAAGAGCAGGGAGAUGAGCUCUGCUCUGCUUCUCCUUUCACUGUCCAGUCAUAGGCUGGGGGAAAGUCUAGGACAACCUGGGCUCAGAGGAACUGGGUAAAUGAUGCGAGCAAUUAGACUGAGGACAUCUAGCAGCAAAGGGGGAAUUCUCUAAAUUGUAAAUUAAUUUUGCAAGAGCAGGGAGAUGAGCUCUGCUCUGCACUGCUUCUCCUUUCACUGUCCAGUCACAGGCUGGGGGAGGGUCUAGGACAACCUGGGCUCAGAGGUCGCAGAAAAGUACAAAAAAAUCUGAAUUGUGGGGGAAUUUUUCAAGAGCAGGAAGAUGAGCUUACCACUGCUUCUCCUUCCACUAUCCAGUCAUAGGCUGGGGGCAGGUCUAGGACAACCUGGGUUCAACGGAAGUAGUUUAAAUGAUGCAAGCAAUCAGGCUGAGGACAUCUAGCAUCAGAAAAAAGUACCAAAAAAUCUCUGAAUUCUGGGAGGAUUUUGCAAGAGCAGAAAGAUGAGCUUUUCACUGCACUGCUUCUCCUUUCACUGUUCAGUCACAGGCUGGGGGCGGGUCUAGGACAACCUGGGUUCAGACGAAGUUGGUUAAAUGAUGCAAGCUAUCAGGCUGAGGACAUCUAGCAUCAAUCAAAAAAAUCUCUGAAUUCUGGGGGGGAUUUUGCAAGAGCAGAAAGAUGAGCCCUUCACUGCACUGCUUCUCCUUUCACUGUCCAGUCACAGGCUGGGGGAGGGUCUAGGACAACCUGGGUUCAGACGAAGUGGGUUAAAUGAUGCGAGCAAUUAGACUGAGGACAUCUAGCAUCAGAAAUAAGUGCAAAAAAAUCUCUGAAUUCUGGGGGGGGAUUUUGCAAGAGCAGAAAGAUGAGCUCUUCACUGCACUGCUUCUCCUUUCACUGUGCAGUCACAGGCUGGGGGAGGGUCUAGGACAACCUUUGCUCAGAGGAAGCAGAAAAGUACAAAAAAUCUGAAUUGUGGGUGGAAUUUUUCAAGAGCAGAAAGAUGAGCUUACCACUGCUUCUCCUUUCACUGUCCAGUCAUAGGCUGGGGGCAGGUCUAGGACAACCUGGGCUCAGAGGAAAUGGGUUAAAUGAUGCAAGCAAUUAGACUGAGGACAUCUAGCAGCAGAGGGUGAAAUCUCUAAAUUGUAAAUUAAUUUUGCAAGAGCAGGGUGAUGAGCUCUGCUCUGCACUGCUUCUCCUUUCACUGUCCAGUCAUAGGCUGGGGGCAGGUCUAGGACAACCUGGGCUCAGAGAAAGUGGGUUAAAUGAUGCAAGCAAUCAGACUGAGGACAUCUAGCAUCAAAAAAAAAGUACAAAAAAAUCUCUGAAUUCUGGAGGGGGGAUUUUGCAAGAGCAGAAAGAUGAGCUCUUCACUGCACUGCUUCUCCUUUCACUGUGCAGUCACAGGCUGGGGGAGGGUCUAGGAAAACCUGGGCUCAAAGGAAGUAGUUUAAAUGAUGCACGCAAUCAGGCUGAGGACAUCUAGCAUCAGAAAAAAAGUACAAAAAAAAAUCUAUGAAUUCUGGGGGGAUUUUGCAAGAGCAGAAAGAUGAGCUCUUCGCUGCACUGCUUCUCCUUUCACUGUCCAGUCACAGUGAUGCAAGCAAUCAGACUGAUGACAUCUAGCAGUGGGGGAAAAAAGUACUGAAAUCUCUGAAUUGUAGAUGAAUUUUGCCGCAUUUUUUAUAAAUUUUUUUUUGCUGGAGUUCUACUUUAAUCGUGUAUUCCGGCGUAACUUCCUCUUUCAGGGGCUCGUCUGCCGCAGUGUGGGGGGGUCUGCACUUUAGGUGCUAAACACAAAGCACGCGUCAUUCCUUUUGAAUUUUACAUUGUUGCGUAGACGUCGGCUUACAGAAUGGCAGGUUUUUUUGCACCUUUUUUUUUUUGUGUGUGUGUUUCUUUUUUUUUUUCUUUUCUUUUUUAUUUAUACUUGUUUGCGUUUUACUGGCUUCUGUUGCAUCGGAAAAAAGUCGUUUGAAGUGUAUUGCGGGUUACACACAAAAAAAAGGCACUGGUUUGUGUAUAUAUAUAAAAGUUUUUGGUUUAUUUUGUAUAUCUAUUUUUUUCUUAGUUUCUGUACUAAUGCUAGCUACUGUAAAAGUUAUAUAUAUAUAAAAAUAACAUGAAACCGCUGAAGAUCUCCUCCCACAUAACCCGCCGCUACCAUCGUCUUCUAUUGUUUUAAAACAAAAAAAAAAGAAACGAAAACGGAUUAUACUGUUCUUACUUCAAAAAGUGUGCAAAGUAGUGCUGGUUGUAGGUACAGUGUGUAUAACGAAAAAUAUAUGAAAUACUAUUAAAUUGGAGAACCCGGUUUUCUGA